AUGGCCGGCGGAGAAACCCAGUUAAUAUUCCCCUACACAAUUCUCCAGGGACGCACUGACCAUCAUAGAUGCCCAUAUGUGGUCGGCAAGAAGAUAGAAUUGCAGCUCAACAAACCCUAUGAAGGACAAAUCUUGACCGCCACAAUAGUGAAAAUCUUCGAACCAUUCACCCUUUCUUGUGCAAUGGUCGUUAGAAUUGAUUGCCCCACUUUUGCAUCAGAAAGCGAUAUGGUAUUGAAGCUUUUUGACCCACGUUUUGCCAUGCAGCUUCGAGAGGAUGAAAAAGUCGGUCCUUGGACUUCGAGCAAAGAAAGGAAGUACCACCAAUUUAUCCUCGACGGGGGUGCAUCGGAGCUGAUAGCCGACCUCAACGACGAGAACGGAAUAGCGCACCUGGAACAACAGACAUGGAAUGAAGCUCAAAACGAAGCCCACCUGUUUUGGCGCAUGUCAGAGUUGUUUGACACGGAAAUCGCAGCGUACAACGCGCUCAAGGAUACUCAAGGAAUCACCGUCCCCAAACUGUUUGCAUCUCUCAUAAUCCCCAGCUCUAAUGGAGAGCAGGAAGUGCAAGUCAAGCAGUAUACCAAUGUUUCUGGACUUCUUUUGCAGUACAUCGACGGGUUUCCCUUGACCGAUAUUGCUGAUUAUGCCCCACGAGAGAGCUGGCAAUCCGUCUGCGAAGAGGCCAUUCGAGUUCUUCAUGUGACCGGCGAUCACGGAAUACUGAAUGAUGAUGUCAACACACGAAAUUUCAUUGUGCAGAGGAACAAGGAAAAUGAAUAUCGUGUUUUCAUGAUCGAUUUUGGACUAUGCAGCUUUCCUGAAGAUUUUGACGACGAGGCCGAUUGGAUUAAGUGGAAGGCAAUAACAGAUGAAGAAGGGGCUGUUGGAGUUGUCAUGCACAAAAAGCUAAAAAGUGGGUUUGUCUACACUCCAUCUUCCCGUUAUACAUAUCGAGAUCCAGACGACGAGAUGCAUUCGGAUGAGACGGAUAAGGAGGAUUCAGAUCAGAGGGAGUCAGAUCAGAAGGAAUCAGAUAAUUAG